AUGGGUACGGAGUCUUGGAAGUUUCUCAGAAGCGUUUGCUUACUUUCUUUCCUCCUUGGCUCUUGCUUUGUCUAUCAAAGCCUCCAUGUUGUUGUUGCUGCUCAAGAGGAAGGCACAGAACCAGCUGUGACUUUGCAAGUUAAUGCUUCUAAUGGAGCUGGACGACUCAUUCCUGAUACUCUUUUCGGGAUCUUCUUCGAGGAAAUAAACCAUGCUGGUGCUGGUGGACUAUGGGCUGAACUUGUUAGCAACAGAGGGUUUGAAGCUGGUGGGCAGAACACACCGUCUAAUAUAUGGCCUUGGUCUAUUGUUGGUGAUCAGUCAUCUGUAUAUGUUGUUACGGACCGUUCAUCAAGCUUUGAACGGAAUAAGAUCGCUUUGAGAAUGGAUGUGCUAUGUGAUAGCAAUGGUUGUCCAUCAGGAGGUGUUGGAGUUUAUAACCCUGGUUACUGGGGCAUGAAUAUUGAACAAGGAAAGAAGUACAAGGUGGCGUUUUAUGUGCGUUCAACUAGUGAUAUCGAUCUCUCUGUGUCGUUGACAAGCUCGAAUGGAUCGUUGACUCUUGCUUCUGAGAAGAUCAUAGCGUCUGCUUCUGAUGUUUCGAAAUGGACUAAGAAGGAGCUUCUUCUGGAGGCAAAAGGGACGGAUCAUGGUGCAAGGUUGCAGUUAACAACAACCAAGAAAGGGUCAAUAUGGAUUGAUCAAGUCUCGGCCAUGCCGGUGGAUACUUUCAAGGGACAUGGAUUUAGAAACGAUCUUUACCAAAUGAUGGUUGAUAUAAAACCUCGUUUCAUCCGUUUCCCAGGUGGUUGUUUUGUCGAGGGUGAAUGGUUAAGUAAUGCAUUCCGCUGGAAAGAAACUGUUGGGCCUUGGGAAGAGAGACCUGGACAUUUUGGUGAUGUUUGGAAGUACUGGACCGAUGAUGGCCUUGGCCACUUCGAAUUCUUUCAAUUGGCAGAAGACAUUGGCGCAGCCCCAAUAUGGGUGUUUAACAACGGGAUUAGUCACAAUGAUGAAGUUGAAACUGCCAGUAUCAUGCCCUUUGUCCAGGAAGCACUUGAUGGUAUAGAGUUUGCUAGGGGAGAUGCCAACUCUACGUGGGGAUCGGUUCGAGCUGCAAUGGGCCGCCAAGAACCUUUUGAACUGAAGUAUGUUGCUAUUGGGAAUGAGGAUUGUGGAAAGACUUACUACAGAGGGAACUAUAUUGUGUUCUACGAUGCUAUCAAAAAGGCCUAUCCAGAUAUCAAAAUCAUCUCCAACUGUGAUGGAUCAUCUAGUCCGCUUGACCAUCCUGCUGAUUACUAUGAUUAUCAUAUAUACACUUCCGCUAGCAGUUUGUUUUCCAUGUAUCAUCAAUUUGACAGUACUUCACGCAAGGGUCCAAAGGUGCGGUGGAACCCUGAUGCAAUAGUCUUCAAUUCAUCUCAUCUAUAUGGAACUCCUAGCUAUUGGGUCCAAAGGCUCUUUGCGGAGUCAAGCGGAUCAACUCUCCUAACUUCAGAACUCAAGGGAAACUCUUCUUCUCUUGUAGCAUCUGCAAUCUCCUGGAAAAACAAUAGCCAAGAGUACAUACGCGUAAAGGCUGUAAACUUUGGAGAUAGCUCAGUAAACCUGAAGGUGUUGGUUACUGGAUUGGAUCCGAACGUGAUGAAACUUUCAGGAUCAAAGAGAACAAUACUUACAUCUACAAACGUGAUGGAUGAAAACUCCUUCACACAGCCAGAGAAGGUUGCGCCACACGAAACCUUGCUAGAGAUGGCUGAGGAGGAUCUUACUGUUGUUCUCCCGCCACACUCGUUCUCUUCAUUUGAUUUGUUGAAGGAAUCUGCCAAGAUAAUCAGAAAGCCAGUUUCUGAUUCUUCUUCCUAUCAGAAAACUUCAACUGUUUGA